AUGAACAAUAUUUUUUGCACUUCUGGUAGUUUGGAGAAUUCUAAUUGUUUGUGGAAUGUUAGGACAAAAUAAUAAAAGCCGAAAUUUGAUAGUCAAAUGAUUCUGUUUGGUUGCUAUGCUACUAUUCUGAUGGUUCUAAAUAAGAAUCUGGCAGUAGAUAACUCAACCCGUUUUUGGGUUAUUAAGACAGGAUAAUAAAAAACUAAAUUAGAUGGUCAUGAGUAUACUAACCAUUCAAUAUGCUUCUUUCCAGCUGAAACCAUUUUAAUUAAAGGCCAAAUUAGUGUUUAAACAAAAAUUUCAUAAUUUUUAGGUUCUUUAAAGUAUAAACUUUGA